CUCCUCAUCGAUGUGAGGGACUAACGAAUUCCUUGGGCUUGCGGCUCCGUGUGGGAACGAUACUGCAUGGCCUAGAUCUCAACGUCGUCUCGAGGCGGAUCGUUGGUUUGAAAGCAGGAGUGGCAACAGCACGCCUAGUAACGCGCCGGCGUUGAGGAAGAGAUAUCAUGUGGGCAAGCACGCGCAAGCAUCAUGGAGAAAGGGUUACAUUUCUUAAGCUUGGUCGCGGGACACUUGUGGCUUGGCCCCAAAUUUUCUGCCGCGUCCAUUGGCGCGCGCAGUCCGGGCUCCGCCAGCUAACGCACGUGAGCCUGUGGGAUUGUCUCAGGCCCUCCCACGUUAGCCCGAAGCAGGCUAAUUCUCACCACUAUCUCGCCAUGUCGCUCUGCUGCGUGUGCGUCAGCGGCGUGCAUCCUUGCGCUGCCGGCUCCGAGGCGGCUCAAAUACAACAUCCAACCUGCAAGGCCGGGCCACUGGUCCUGCAAGUCAAGGCAACAGAGACUGACCGCCCAACCGCAUCGAGCGUGGAAGGCGGAGAUCCCGAGCGCUACCGCUGGCGCAUCGCACACAAGCCCAAGCCCCAGCCGUCGUUGCUUGGAGCGACCCCAGAUCCCCGGUCGUGACGUCGGAAUUAAGCGCGCCAUGGUGAGCACGCUGACUGCGUUGAGAACGUGGAGCUUCAGCGGUGUGCUUUCCGGUCAAAUGUGGAUCUUCACCAGACGUUUGCAGGUUACGUCGGUUUAUCUCCGCAUGGGGUAUAUCAGCUACCAGCAUAAACAGUGGGUCAACUCCAUGAAC